CCGUCAGACGAUAUCCCAGCAUCCUUAGCGCGUCGACGUAAGAGGGCACGUUUCCGGAUCGCACCGAGGACACACAUCAAGAACCGUCCCAAGUAUCGUUCAGACGUGUGAUUGAAGCUCACAAAGAUGUCUGACACUUUUGAUGAGAAGAUAAAGAACUACAGGACGGCUCCCUUUGACGCACGAUUCCCCAACACCAACCAGACGCGUAACUGCUUCCAGAACUAUCUGGACUUCCACAGGUGCAACAAGGCCCUGUCAGCCAAAGACCAGGAUGUGGCUCCCUGUGAUUGGUACCAGAGGGUUUACAAGAGCCUCUGUCCCACGAGCUGGGUCGGCAAAUGGGACGAGCAGAUAGAGAAUGGAAGUUUCCCGGGAAAGAUCUAAAGUCGGCAGCCGGUAUUCAUCAGGACAGUUCGCUGCUAGACAUGCUGUUGCACCUUUACCUCUGUAGUGUGCCUCAUGACAUCUUCAAAACCGCUAACAAACAUCAUCAAUAAUGUUAACUGGUAUUUACUUUAAAUGUAAACACGCACAACUUUUUACCCUGCAUGUUAAGGUCUGAAGUUUUUCUCUGUCUAUUGUAAAAUACUCUUCAGCUUAGUUUGGUCAAUAAAUACAGUGCGGAUUUAAUUAAAAGGG